AUUCAAGUACAUUAUUAAGAAGUACAGUUCCCAUUCUCAAGCUUUUAUAGAAGCCGUGUUACAUGAGUUCUCCCUAACGUGGAUGGAGGCUCGUAACUAAUGUGGUAGUACAACUCCGAAGAGAGUUGCUGUACUACAUUUUAUAGGAUUAAUUUACUAUAUAUUAAAAAUGCUUUUGAGAAUUUCUGGGUAUCUGAGAGACUGUGUGAUCCCAGAUUGGAGAAACAUCAUUGAGUGCAGCGUUGAUGAAUUCCCUACUGGAAUUUUGAUGCGUGGGGUGGGAUUAUUUCACCAGCGCUGCACUCAAUUAUGUUUUUUCACUUCCUGGAACAUUGCUAUAUCUAGAAAUUGCCAAGAAAAUUUCUGUUCUUUGUAAGUAGGUAAGGUGGGACUUUCCUUUUUCUUUUUCUUGUUGGUAAUGGCUUCAUUUUUUGUUUCUACAUGUUACUUUUAGGAUCAUUAAUCUAACUUAAUUCAGAUCAUGAAUUGAAAAAUUGAUAGGAUGACUUAGCACAACAAUGACAGUAACUUGCUUUAUCAUUUUACUUCAUGCAAGCUUAAUUUUCUGUUACAUUUCAAGGAAGCAGGGGGACGAACACCAAAAGCUGUGAAUUGCACCAUUUUCUUUGAUAUGUGAAGCUGCCUGUUUGAAUCCAAGGCACAAUACAAUAGGACUGCAAGGUUUUUUUUUAUUUUUUUAAGAGGAAUAUUGCAGCUGAUAGUCAACCAUACUAAUUAGCCCCUGUGUCUCCGUAAUAGCCUGGAAACUACUGGAGUUUGAUAAAACUACAAGAGUUAGAUAAAACUACAAAAGUUAGGUAACGAGCCAUAAGAUCUCGGGUCAAAUGUUACACUUACAACUCUCAAGCUUAAAUACGAGGUCUCUCCUAAGCCUACCUCAUCAUUGAUUACUAGGCUAAUGAGGUCUCUCCUAAGCCUACCUCAUCAUUUAUUACUAAGCUAAUGAAUCAUCGGUGAUUGCAAGGUUUUUCAGGAGACUAGAAGAAAUAAAGAUUUAUAAUUUCAUAUGGGUUGGGCUUUGGUUUUCACAUUUUGGAUUGGAUUAGACUUGUGUAAGAUGUAUCUCUAUUGGACCGAAAUAAUUGUCACUUAUUAUUUAAACACCUUGAAAAAAUUCAUUGCUUAUUAAAAAGAGAUGGACAAGUCCAAUUUGAUUCAUUUGGGUUCUCGAGAAUUGUUUCAGAGUAUUCACAGGUCUGGCACAACAUUUUUACCAAAUGUGAUUGCUUUUUGACGUUGGAAUGGCAGACACUUCAUUUGCUAGCUAUUAACUUUGUUUUGUGGGUACUAAAAUAACCUUUUCCUUCUUUUAAACCAUUGCUCUACCUGUUGGAAGCUGCAAUAAGCCAGUUUAUGCAGUUGAGAUUUAUACCUGACAAGGCCUGCCUUGGCAAUGCUAGUGACUGUGAGUCUAAAAUAAAUGAUUUGAUUCAAAAUGGUAUGCAAUAGAAGAGAAUUGCAUUGAUCACAGAAACCUUUCUGAUAAACACCCAACAAUUUAUCUACAUUUUUUAAAAAGUUUUUAAAAAUUGCAGAUCCUUAUCUUGUUAAAUUCUGCCCACAUCUAACUAACCAAUAUCAGAAAUUUAAUUAGGGGGUAUCAUGUUGUGAAAUUAUGAAAAAUAAAGAAAAAAAUAGAAACUUUUAUCAUUAGCAGAAAAGAAAUGUUACAAUCUGCAAUUGCAUCAGUAACACAGCAAAUAAAAGCUGCCAUAAAUUGCAUUAUGCAAAUUUGAAUUCCUGAGCAAAACAGCCUCCAAAAUCACAGAAAGAAUAUAAAAUAGAAAUCAAUGUGAUAUGGUGAUAUGGUACGCUUGUGUAUAUAUGAUUACAAUAGCUGGUGGGGUGUCACUGCAAAAGAUUCCAAGAUAACGCUUCUGUUAAUCUCUGUGUGUGUGUGUGUGAGAGAGAGAGAGAGAGAGAGAGAUUCAUCAAUCUCUUAAAUCAUCGAUGGUGACUAUAUUGAAGAUUUCGAGACCAAAUUGGACUCCCCCUUUUCCCCAAAAUUACACCUUUUUGCCAUCUGUUUUUCUCUCCGCGCCUCCUCCCUACCAUAAAUGCCCUCCUUCCCGAAAACCCUUCACUUCUCUCUUACUUCACUCAAUCCCUUCUCUAUUUUCUAUAUCACCAGCUCUCGCUGUUUCUGUCACUCUCCCGAGGAAGUUGCGAAUUUUACGGGAAAGUUAAAAUCUUUUCUUCCUUAAUGGAGGAAAAUGAGCCUCUGCCUGAACAUCUUCGCUGUAAGCGGACCGAUGGGAGGCAAUGGCGGUGCAAUAGGAGAGUCAUGGACGAUAAGAAGCUCUGCGAAAUUCACCAUCUCCAGGGCCGUCAUAGACAGUACAAGAGGAAAGUACCCGAGUCACUGAAAUUGCAAAGGAAGUACAGCAAGAAAUCAACGGCCAAUGCGGAUUCAUUGUCUCACAAUGUCGAAAUUAGGGCACAGAAAGAGGAAAGAUUAUCACGAUUGGUGAAAUUGGAGAAGCCUAUGAAGAGAAAGAAAUCGAUCGGUGAAUCUGAAGCGCUUGAUGAGGCUGUGAAGAAGAUGAGGCUAAAGAGAGGGGAUUUGCAGCUGGAACUAAUACGAAUGGUGUUGAAAAGAGAGGUAGAGAAGAGAAAGAAGAAGAAAAAGAAGAAAAAGAAGAAAGUUGUGGCAGAGGAGAUUAAUAGUGAUAUUGACAACGAAAUUGAUAGCAGUAAUAGUGAGGGAGAGUUAAUGAGAGAUUUGCCUAAUGGAUUAAUGGCAAUAUCUCCUGCUAAACAUUUUGGCAAUGUGGCUGCUGCUUCUUCUUCUACGCCCUGUGAUAUCAAAAUUGGAGCUGCUGAUUUCAGUGCUAUUACUAGAAGAUGUUUUCGGUCCAAAAACAUUGAGCCAAUGCCAAUUGGUGCAUUGCAGGUUGUGCCUUUCAAGAAGGAUAUGAUGAGAUUAAGGAGGGGAAGGAGGAAAAAGUGCCAUUUGUGUAGGAGAAGUGGUUUGAAGACUUUAAUAAUGUGUUCGAGUUGUAGAAAACAAUUCUAUUGCAUGGACUGCAUCAAAGACCAGUAUUCUGAUAUGCAAGAAGAAGUUCAGAUAGCAUGUCCAGUUUGUCGAGGAACUUGUUGCUGUAAGGCCUGCUCAGCAAUUCAAUGUAGGGACAUUGAAUGUAAGGGCUUCUCCAAGGACAAGAGUAAAGUCAACAAAGUUUUACAUUUUCAUUAUUUGAUCUGUAUGCUUCUUCCCGUACUUAAACAACUAAAUCAAGAUCAGAGCAUUGAGCUAGAAAUAGAGGCAAAAAUAAAAGGCCAGAAACCCGCAGAUGUUCAAAUCCACCUGGCAUCAGUUGGCUGCAAUAAGAAGUGUUGUUGCAAUAAUUGCAAGAGUUCCAUUGUGGAUUUCCAUAGAAGCUGCCCAAGCUGUUCCUAUAGCCUUUGCUUAAAUUGUUGUCAAGCUAUAUUUCAAGCGAGCUUACCUGGAAGUGUUAAAGCUCAUAUAUGCAAAUACCCUAAUCGAAGGAAAGCCUGUAAAUCUGGAAAGCAAAUUUCAGAGAUGAAGUCGGUAUGUGUCUCUAAGUGGAAUUAUGGCAAUAAAUAUUUAGAAUCAUCUGUGUUAUUGCCUAGUUGGGAAGUUCCUGAUGGUAAUGGUAUACCUUGCCCAUCCACAGAGUUUGGUGGUUGUGGUGAUAAUCUCCUUGAUUUAAGUUGUCUUUUCCCAUCAAGUUGGACCAAAGAACUGGAAAUAAGUGCAGAGGAAAUAGUUGGUUGCUAUGAGUUGCCAGAAACCUUGGAUGUUUUCUCGCACUGCUCAUUAUGUCUUGGGAUGGACUGUGAAGUUAAUGGGAUUAUGCAGUUGCAAGAAGCAGCUACAAGAGAAAAUUCUAAUGAUAACUUCCUGUAUUAUCCUACUGUUGUGGACAUCCACAGUGAUAACCUUGAACACUUUCAAAAGCAUUGGGGCAAAGGUCAACCUGUAAUUGUUCGUAACAUUCUUCAGGGUACAUCAGAUCUUAGUUGGGAUCCAAUAGUCAUGUUCUGCACUUAUCUUAAAAAUAAUGCUGCCAAGUCUGAGAGUGAGCAGGCUGCUGAUUCCUUGGACUGGUUUGAGGUAGAAAUUGGUAUUAGGCAACUGUUUAUGGGACCUUUUAAGGGUCCAAUACAUGCCAACAAGUGGCAUGAAAAACUAAAAUUGAAGGGUUGGCUUUCUUCCCAUUUAUUUCAAGAACAUUUUCCAGCUCAUUAUGCCGAAAUCCUUCAUGCUCUACCACUUCCAGAAUACAUGGACCCUGUUUCUGGUGUUUUAAACAUUGCUGCAGAAUUGCCACAAGAAAUCGUGAAGCCUGAUCUUGGCCCAUGUGUCUAUAUCUCUUAUGGUAGUGGUGAGAAUCUUGUUCAGGCUGAUUCUGUGGCAAAUUUACGUUAUGAUUCAUAUGAUAUGGUUAAUAUUUUGGCACAUACAACUGAUGUUCCUGUAUCUACAGAACAGCUUAAUUAUAUAAGAAAGUUAAUGAAAAGACACAAGGAACAAAAUGAAGUGCUCGGAGCAGGACUGAUAGAUGGGCAAGAUGUGGAAGAAGUAGGAUUGCAUGAUAUGAUCACAGAAGAAAUGUGCUUACACAAGAAAGUUGCUAGAGUAUCUUGGUUUUCUGCUGCCAGUCACAAAGCACAAACUUUAAGUCUCAAAGAUAGAGACACGUACCUUGAUGAGGAAUGUGAUUCUGAUUCUGAUACUGAUACGGACACUGAGGUCUCAAAAUUUUUCUUUGGGCCUGUUAAAAGCUGCAGGGCAUCAGAAAAUCUUAAGUUUUGUGGGAAGUAUACAGAUGGUUCAAAUCAUUUUGGAAAGCAAAAGGUUGCCGAGUCUUGUGGUGCCCAGUGGGAUGUCUUUCGUAGACAGGAUGUUCCGAAGCUUGUUGAAUACCUGAGAAAGCACUCUAAUGAGUUCAAUCAAACAUAUGGCUUUCAGAAGCUUGUUGGUCAUCCAAUACUUGAUCAGAACUUCUUUCUUGAUACAACUCAUAAAUUGAGGCUUAAGGAGGAGUUCAAAAUUGAACCAUGGACUUUUGAGCAACAUGUUGGAGAAGCUGUCAUCAUUCCUGCUGGAUGCCCUUACCAAAUUAGGCAUCUUAAGUCAUGCGUUAAUGUGGUUUUGGACUUUGUCUCGCCGGAAAAUGUUACAGAAUGCAUCCAGUUGACUGAUGAACUCCGACUGCUUCCAGAGAACCAUAAAGCCAAAGUAGAUAGUCUAGAGGUGAAGAAAAUGACCCUUUAUGGUAUUAGCAGAGCAAUCAAAGAAAUCCGUGAGCUUACUCAUGCAGAGACCAGCGGUGAGCUCAAUGAUCGACAAUGAGGACUGAAGCGGAUCUGAUUUACUUGCAUCUGAGUCCCUCUCCUUACCUAUUUUAUUGUGCAGAGUAUUGUUCUCUGCAGAAUUUCGAUAGAUCUGUGAUAUCAGCAGUAACAAGAAGCUAAUUUCUUCAGAUUAGAUAAAAGAUUGGCAUUCAUUCUCCCUUUUCUAUUUUCUAUUACAACUUGUCUAGUCAAUCAAUUGGUUGUAUAUAAUAAAAAGAAGCCAGAUCACCAUUUGUUUA